AUGGGCUGUAGCAGUUCUUCAGUGAAAGGCAACAAGUCGGAGAAAGUGCUGAAAGCCGCAUUAGUCAUCCAAAACUGGUACCGGCGGUACAGAGCUCGACUGAUGGCCAGACAGCAUUAUGCCCUCGCCAUCUUCCAGUCUAUCGAAUAUGCUGAUGAGCAAGGCCAAAUGCAGCUGUCCAACUUCUUUUCCUUCAUGUUGGAAAACUACACAAAGACAAAUAAUGAAGAGUCAGCAAUAGUAAGUCGACUUUUUGAAAAACCUAUGCAGGAAAACAAGGAUAGACAGGAAUAUUUGGGGUUGAUAGAAGUACCCGACUCUUACGAUGGCCCUCGGCUGCAGUUUCCUCUCACGUUUACUGACAUUGAUUUACUUCUUCGGGCCUUCAAGAAACACCAGACACUUCAUGCUCAUUACGUCUUAGAGGUGCUAUUUGAAGCUAGGAAAGUCCUGAAGCAAAUGCCGAAUUUCACUCACAUAAAAACCUUUCCCUCCAAAGAGAUAACAAUCUGCGGUGAUUUGCAUGGGAAAUUGGAUGAUCUUUUGUUGAUCUUCUAUAAGAAUGGCCUGCCUUCAGAGAACAAUCCGUAUGUUUUCAAUGGUGACUUUGUAGACCGAGGAAACAAUUCCAUGGAGAUCCUCAUGAUCCUGCUCGUUAGUUUUCUCGUCUACCCCACUGACCUGCACCUGAAUAGGGGGAACCAUGAAGACUUCAUGAUGAACCUGAGGUAUGGAUUCACAAAAGAAAUUUUACAUAAGUACAAGCUACAUGGAAGAAAAAUCUUGCAAGUCCUGGAAGAAGUCUAUACCUGGCUCCCAAUUGGCACAAUUAUUGACGAUGAAAUCCUGGUCAUACAUGGUGGGAUAUCAGAGUCUACAGACUUGAAUACACUCCGCCACAUACCAAGAAAUAAAAUGAGAUCUGUGCUGAUGCCACCGAUGUCAAUAAAUCGAGAACAUUCCGCCGACUUAAAAAGAAGUAAAUCAGGUUUGAGCACUUGUGCUCCUGGGAAGGCUGAAUCCUCUACGGACCUAACAAAACAUGAAUGGGAACAAAUUAUUGACCUUCUGUGGAGUGACCCCAGAGGCAGAAAAGGCUGUUAUCCAAAUACAAGCCGAGGAGGGGGCUGCUAUUUUGGACCAGACGUUACUUCCAAGAUUCUUAAUAAAAACCAAUUGAAGAUGCUCAUUAGGUCUCAUGAGUGUAAACCUGACGGGUAUGAAAUCUGUCACGAUGGGAAGGUCAUUACUUUAUUUUCUGCUUCUAAUUAUUACGAAGAAGGCAGCAACCGAGGAGCUUACAUCAGACUAAGUUAUGGUACAACUCCACAAUUCUUCCAGUACCAAGUAACUAGUUCAUCAUGCCUGAGCCCUCUUCACCAAAGGGUGAGUGCUAUGGAAUUCAGUGCCUUCAAGAUAUUGAAAGAAAGAAUGCUUUCACGAAAAACUGAUCUCAUCAGUGCUUUCCAGCUCCGUGACUAUGGGAGAACAGGGAGGAUUUCAUUGGCGCAGUGGGCUUUUUCUAUGGAGAACAUUUUGGGGCUGAACUUACCAUGGAGAUCUCUGAGUUCACACCUGGUACACAUAGAUGAAGAUAGAAAUGUUGACUACAUGUCCAGCUUCCAGGAUGUCCACAUUGAAAAGCCUGUCAAGGAGAUGAAAUCUAGUCUAACUGAAACUCUGUAUAGACACCGAUCUGACCUGAAAAUCAUAUUUAAUAUCAUCGACACUGAUCACUCAGGUCUAAUCUCCUUGGAUGAAUUCCGGACCAUGUGGAAACUUUUCAACACUCACUACAAUGUUCAGAUUGAUGAUUCCCAAAUUGAUGAGCUUGCCAAGAUAGUGGACUUCAACAAAGAUGGAAACAUAGACUUUAAUGAGUUCCUAAAGGCUUUCUAUGUAGUACAUAAACAUGAGAAGCCGCAGAGCCAUCUUGCUCAAGAUGAACAAAAACUUCUCCCAGCCUCUUUGAAAACAGCUGAUCCCAACCUCUAG